AUGGGCUGUGGUAUGAGCACAGAGGAGAAGGAGGGCAAGGCCCGGAAUGAGGAGAUCGAUAAUCAGUUGAAGCGGGACAAGAUGUUGCAGCGCAACGAGAUCAAGAUGCUCCUGCUCGGAGCUGGUGAAUCCGGCAAGUCGACCAUUAUCAAACAGAUGAAGCUCAUCCAUGAGGGCGGUUACUCACGCGACGAGCGAGAGUCUUUCAAAGAAAUCAUUUUCAGCAACACUGUGCAGUCAAUGCGGGUCAUACUAGAGGCUAUGGAGUCGUUGGGACUUCCAUUAGACGACCAGCGAGCUGAGUACCAUGUCCAAACCAUCUUCAUGCAGCCAGCACAGAUCGAGGGCGACAACCUUCCGCCUGAGGUAGGGACUGCUAUCGCAGCCUUGUGGAAAGAUGCAGGUGUCCAGUCUUGUUUCAAGCGGUCCAGAGAGUACCAGUUGAAUGAUUCUGCAAAGUACUAUUUUGACAACAUCGACCGCAUUGCCGAGCACGAUUAUCUGCCAAACGAUCAGGAUGUCCUGCGCUCGCGUGUUAAGACUACUGGUAUCACCGAGACCACCUUUAUUAUCGGCGACCUCACAUACCGCAUGUUUGAUGUCGGAGGACAACGCUCAGAGAGAAAGAAGUGGAUCCACUGCUUCGAAAAUGUCACCACCAUCCUUUUCCUUGUCGCCAUCUCCGAAUACGACCAGCUCCUUUUCGAAGAUGAGACCGUCAACCGUAUGCAAGAAGCUCUUACGCUGUUCGACUCGAUCUGCAACUCCAGAUGGUUCAUUAAGACGUCGAUUAUCUUGUUCUUGAACAAGAUCGAUCGCUUCAAGGAGAAGCUCCCAGUCAGCCCAAUGAAGAACUACUUCCCCGAUUAUGAGGGCGGAGAUGACUACAAUGCGGCUUGCGAUUACAUCCUGAACCGAUUCGUGAGCUUGAACCAACAUGAAACAAAACAAAUCUAUACCCACUUGACAUGUGCCACCGACACAACACAGAUCCGAUUCGUCAUGGCCGCUGUCAAUGACAUCAUUAUCCAAGAAAACCUUCGUCUCUGCGGUCUCAUCUAA